AUGGCAGAUGGGACGGAUGUCUUUGCCGCUAAGGGUAGUGUUUUUGGUAGUACAAUUGCUGAUCGUUUAAAGAACUCAAAUGUAUCUCAAAUCGAUAAAAUUAUUACUGUUGUUAACGGAAAGCUGAAAUGGAAUGAAGAUUUUGAAUCACUUAAAUAUUUUAUCAAAACAACUCUCAAUCUAACAGGAAAGUGGUCUUCGCUUGGCGGGCAUUUAAAACCAUUUGAUGAAGAUUCUGGAAGACUUAUUGUCAGGUUUUAUAUCUGCCUCGCUACUGUUUCAAGGCGAUGAAGGUAAAACGUUUAACAACAUUUGAUAGAGAAAAUAGUGGGCAAACUUGAGAGUGUCCAGGAUAUAAUUAAUGAAUCAAGUAACAACAACAUAUAUGUGCUUCGCUUGAAGAAACUCUCCUUUGCAAGUCAAUUAGUUCAAGUAAUCUCUCAACUGACUUUGCUAGCAGUCUACCGUACAAUGACACAGGAUACCCAUGCUCCAGCACUAUCUGUGAUAACAUUCUGCCUGGUGAACUUGAAACUGGGGUGAGCGAACAUGCUAAAGCUAAUAUUGCUUGCCAGACUUUUGGUGAGGAAACUGUUGAAAUACAAACUCUGCACACAAAUAGUCAGGUCAACAGAACCCAACAAGUCAUUACAGACAUUAAAAGUCUUAAAACAACAAUCAUAAAGCUUGAAUCAAUAGUUCACUCUUUGGAGAAUACAAUUAAAGAUCAUGAUGCGGUAUUAUCUUUGUAUAGCAAUGCUGCAGACUUAAAUGUGAAAUACCUGAAAGAACUAAAUGACAAUAAACAGCAUAUUAUUAGUCAAGGUUGAAGAAGAGAGAGAUUCUCUUCAGCUCGCUAUUAGGUUAAUAGCUCAAGAUAAAUAUUGCCAAAAUGAAGCUGCAACAAGUGCUACUAUAAACAGCGAGAGCUGCAAUCAUAAGGAAUGGUCGAAGGUACACAAGAGCAACAAUAUUUUGGAUAAAACUAAGGUUAAAGUGCCUAUAUCAUGGUUUUGGAGUUUGCAUAUCUCGAAAGUUUAGUGUAUUUUAAGACACUUUGCAAUAUAUUUUGUUAUUGAAAAAUUUCAUCUUGAUGGAUUUAUUAGCUCUUAAAGUUACCGGGCAUGACGUCAAAAGGAGAAUUUUGUUGCAAUGAUACAAAGGAAAACUGAUUUGCAAUUCUCCUUUUGACGUCAUGUCCGGUAACUUUAAGAGCUAAUAAAUCCAUCAAGAUGAAAUUUUCAAUAACAAAAUAUAUUGCAAAGUAUCUUAAAAUACCCUAAACGUUCGAGAUUGCAAACUCCAAAACCAUGAUAUAGGCACUUUAACCAAAAGCAAACAAUACCAGUCAUUUCCUCUCAGAACAAAUCCGAAUUAUUAAAUGAGGAUAUUAACAAUAGCUCUGGCCAUCUGGAAAAUAAUCACGAAAGAUUUGAAGUAAAUAGUAUUCAUUCAACACAUACUUCUCGUGAGCAACCUCAUUCAGCUCCAAAUCCCGAUCUACAUGUUGAAACCAUAUCUCCAAAUAAGCAGACACCAUGCCAGAGCAAUAAUGAUGAAAAUAAUCAAGUUAAGAAAUCUAACAGUGAUUCUCCAAUUGUUCUCAUUGGUGAUUCCAUUGUUAAAAAUAUUAAUCCAAAGAAGAUUUCAAAGAAAAAAGUUAUUAAACGUACCUUCCCUGGUAAAAAUGCUGAAGAAAUCAAACACGAGAUUAAAUCUAUUCCCACUAAUUCAACUCCAUCACAUGUUAUAAUUCAUGUAGGAACAAACAACCUCCCGAUAAAUACAGCUGAUGAAUGUGUGAAGAAUAUAGAAGACCUGGCACAUAGUGGUAAGGCAAGAUUUCCAGGCUCUCGAAUCGCACUCUCUAGUAUUAUAGGAUGGCAUGACAUUGAUAUAACUUAG